GUGGAGCUGGUAUUGUGGGUCAUUGAGUGUCCUGCCAGUUUUCACAAACGCUUGUUUGAUAAAGCAACACCAAAGCUGACAUCUGUUAUUAAAGAUGGGUGAGAGGUUGCAAAGUCAAAACAUGUAUGUUUGCUCUUUUUCUGAUUGUAACGCCACAUUUAGGAAGUCAUGGAAGUUAGAGGCUCAUCUGUGCAGACACAAUGGAUUGAAACCGUUUUUCUGUGAAAACUGCGAGAAGAGCUUCUGCACUCGCUGUGAGCUCACCAGGCAUGAACGGGUGCAUAGUGGUGAAAAACCAAACAAGUGUCCUGCUGAUGGGUGCUCAGAGGUCUUUGGGAAAAAUGCCAGCAUGAAGAACCACAUAGCUCGUGUCCACCAGCACCAGGAAGAGCGAUAUCAAUGUGACCUUCAAGGCUGUGGAAAGGAUUUCAGGAAGAAGAAACAACUAAAAGCGCACAAGAGUGAGCAUGGAGAGCCUUUGGCUUUUCACUGUGUGUUCAAUGGAUGUGGAAAAGACUUUGCCAGCCAAGACAAACUGAAGCAUCAUGAGAAAGUUCAUCAAGGUUACCUCUGCAACUUUGACCUGUGUCACUUCCAGAGUAAAACAUGGACCGAAUAUCUGAAACACAGAGAACAACACAAAGUUAAGGUUCUGUGUGAAACGUGUAAAAGGCUCUUCAACAACACCUGGUUCCUGCACCUGCACGAGCUGCGAGUGCACUCUGGGGAGAAGAGAUACUUGCUGUGCCCUAGAGAGGGCUGCGACAGGAAGUUUACCUGUCGCUUCAAGCUGGAGAGUCAUUUACUCGGAGACCAUGAGGGGAAGAAGCCCUUCACCUGUGCAUAUGCUGGCUGUGGGAAGAGCUUUCCCUUGAAGGAAAGCUUAUGGCGACAUGGUGUAGUUCACAACCCUGCAAAUGCAAUACUGAAGAAAAGGAAGCCUAAAACGGACGAGCCCUCUCAGAUUGCACAGGAGGUCACGCAGUCGGCUGCAGACGAUCGAGAAGAAACCAGCAAGCUUGCUGCAAAGCUGCACAGUACAACCUUGGUAGAUGACGAAUCUUGAAUCUGCCUGGUUAAUCGGUCUGGGAGUGAUGAUAAUGAAGCAUUCCUAUAGACUGAUUCUGAAAGUGUAAAUAAAGCCCAUGGCAAACGCAA